AUGCAUCUCGCUGCGUCUGAUAGAUCUUCGUCUCCGGCCGAGAGGAUGCGCUGGAGUUUGGUAUCGGCGCAGCUUGUGGCGGUGCUGGCCCUGGGGAUUCUCCCAGGCUCCACCGUUUCUCCCAUCCGCUUCUGCCCGUGUAUACCUCCAAAUCUGUGCAAGCCUCUGCCCAAGAACCAUAAGUAUCAAGUCGAGAAUGCGCAGAAUAUUGACCCAAAGAAAACACCAGGUCAAAAUGUUGGCAUCAUAUCACAUUGUGAUUUGGCCUCAUUGUGUAAAACUGAAAUUCUGGUCGAGAUUAAAGGCAUUGUCUUUGAUCAUUCAGGACCUGACUGGAUACAUUACGACUGGUCAAAGAUUACAACAAUUGUGGUUACAAAAUCUGUUCCUUUUGAACUCCUGUGUCAUGCUCAUGCAAAGGGUGUCCGGGUUAUCUUCAAAGGGAAUGUGGAUCAGAAGCACUUGAUACUCCCAACGGAACGAAAGAAAUGGAUUAAUAGUAAUCUGCUUUACAUGAAGCUUCAGUUUCUGGAUGGAAUGCAUCUGGAAACAGUUGAACACAUUUCAAAUCUUCAUGAGCUACCUAAGCUGGUCGCACAGGUUAAAACAGAUGUACAAAAUGAAAUACCUGGAUCUCAGAAUGACACAGCACAGGAGGAGUGUGAUUGCCUCCUGAAACACAGUGUCCAGACCCAGUCUAGCAGCUAUGUUGUUCAGCACAAGACCAGCUCAAUCAGCAUUGUUGCUGUAGUGGUCUCACUUAGUGUCCCUUGGACUCCAAACUGUCCAAAAGGAAACUGCUUUGAUUAUGUAUCAAUGGCAAAUUCCUGUGACUUUCUAUAUGUGAAGGCCUAUGACAUGCAACUUGAAAUGUGGGAUGAGUGCUUUGCGAAAGCAAAUGCUCCCUAUCACCAAACAUUAUCAGGUCUGUCUAAUUAUAUCAAGCUAGGUGUUAAUCCCAAAAAGCUCAUACUUGGACUCCCAUGGUUUGGUUAUGACUAUCCUUGUGAGCAUUUCUAUGAGCCUGGAAGGUGCAAAUUGAAAAUGCUUACUUUUAAAGGUGCUCCAUGCAGUUCUCAAAUUGCAAACCAGGUUGAGUACAAAGAGAUCAUGCAGAUGUUGCCCAGAUCAAUCACUGGCAGAUACUGGGAUGAUAACUACAAAUCCCCGUAUUUUGUUUACAAGGAUAAAGACGUUUACCAUGAGGUCUGGUAUGACGACCCAGAGAGUCUUUCAUUAAAGUCAUCUAUUGUGAAGAAAUUAAAACUUGGUGGUAUCGGGGCCUGGUUUGGAAAUAGCCUAAACUACAGCGCGAAUCCGACAGCAGCAAUGCAAACCGAAGACAUGUGGAAUGCUCUCUGCCCGAUCAGAUUAAAAUGGAGAACUUGA